AAACAAAACCCACAAGGGCAAAGCAAAAUCUCUAGCAACCACAUGACCCAACCCAACAACCAUUGAAAUUGUCUCCUCUCUUUGCAUCUCUCUAUAUCUUUCUCAUCUCUUUUUCUUUCUUUCUAUUUCCGCUCUCUCUUCUUUUAUUCAAACGCUCUCUGUAAUCUAUUCUCAGCCUCGACGCCUAAUAAAAAACUGAAAUUCUCCUCUCCACUUUGUAAUCUUAAUCUCAAUCACGGAGUUUUCAGAUCUAUAUCUCCACUUAUCACGGAAUAAUGUCCUUUGCACGGAAUCAUCGUUCACACGGAGGAACGGGCCAUGAUGAUCGGUGGAACUCUUUGAAUGGGUACACUUUCAACCAUGGAAAUAGGAACAUUGAUGCGAAUAGGAACACCAACUACAGCUACAAUUGGAAUCAUAGCAAUAUCCGAGACUACUCCUCGGGGAAAUUCAGGGACCAUGUUAAUGGUUAUGCUAACCCUCCCAGCGGUGCACCAGCUUUUAAAAGGAGAAAAUUUAGUGCGGAUACCUGGGGAGAUGGUGGGAGACACUAUCCUCAAUACAAUGCAUAUGAACAUGCCGAUCUAUCUUACAACAAUUCAGUCCCUCUGCCAACUAGAUCCAAUGCUGAGGUCUCUACAUCUAUAAGUUGCAAACGUGAUUGUUCAAAACUGGAAGAAGAUGAACCAGUAUUCUUGUCAAAGGAUGAGAUUGAAAGACACUCCCCAUCUAGAAAAGAUGGAAUUGAUGCACUACGUGAAACGCAUCUGCGGUAUUCUUAUUGUGCUUUCCUUCAGAACCUCGGACUGCGGUUGGAGCUGCCGCAAACUACUAUUGGCACUGGCAUGGUUUUGUGCCACCGUUUUUUUGUUCGACGAUCACAUGCAUGCCAUGAUAGAUAUUUAAUUGCUGUUGCUGCACUUUUUCUCGCUUCAAAGUCUGAGGAGACGCCACGCCCUUUGAAUAAUGUCGUGAGAGCUUCUUGUGAGAUUUUCCACAAGCAGGAUAUUACUUUCUUGUCAUACCUGCUCCCUGUUGACUGGUUUGAACAGUACCGGGAGCGAGUUAUCGAGGCUGAGCAAAUGAUUCUGGCAACCCUAAAUUUUGAAAUAAAUGUGCAGCAUCCAUAUGGUCCUCUGACAACCAUCCUUGACAAAUUAGGUCUUUCACAAACUGUUUUGGUGAAUCUGGCUCAAAACUUGGUCGGUGAAGGGAAGGAAUUUGAUUUGGACCAUCUUGUUGUAAAUACUUUGUAUCUGGAUUUUCUCACACUAGUUCAGCUAAAGACACGGUUUAAGAUUUAGCUAGUGGUCUUGCAGCUAUGAUGGCUUGUCUGUGUCCACAAGUAUGGAUUGGUUAGUGUCUAAAUCCAAACCAAUCAGAAGGUUUGUUGGGUAUUCGUGGUACUUGGGUCAUGGAGAGUAUGUGCUGGGUUCUUCUAUUUCUCUUUUGGUUCAUCAUAGCGUGCUACUAGUCUCAAUGGUUUUCUUCUUUGAAGAAACCAAUCUACGUAGUUAUUCUGGUAUGGGAUAUUGAUUUUUUGGCAUGGCAUAUAAUUGCAGGGUCUACACAAGAUUAACGUGCUCACCUAUAUGAUAUUGUUAGCUGGAGGAUUGAUAUGCUGUGCAUGGAAAGUUUUUUAAACAUCUGAAGUUGCUUUGCCGAUGUGUUGUGGAUCACAUUACUGUGAUUCACUGCUCCCUGUCAACUGGGUUAUUUGCCAAAUAAGAUACCCUCAGAACAUCCAACACCUUUUUUUCUUUCAACUUUUUUCCCACUUUCUUCCUUUUUCACUUUCAUUUGGAGCAAGUUGUGUAGCCACCUCAUACAAACUCAAGUUUGUAAGACCUGGCUGCUUAUUUUGUUAGUUUCCGUUCACCCUGAUUUGGAGAAAACUAAUUGACUUGGCAAGGAUCAAGAGCCAUAGUGACUGGGAUUUCUCUUGUUCUUAUUCUUUUCCUCCUUCCUUCAUGAUUUUUUCCUUGUUUCUAAAUGGUACGAGUCCUCAGAUAUUCUGUUUUCUUUUGUUCUUUCUUUCUUUUUUAAACCAUUAUGCAUCAACUCCUUUUUUCCCUGAAAAUUGGUUGCACUUUUUUGGUUCGAUUUCAUAAUUUUAGAAUAAAAACCUCAAUGAAUUUCUCCAACAAGUGUAGAUGCCCAAUUGUCAGAAGGUCAUGUAGCUGCAUAGUUGUUUGAUUGUGAGUUCUGAUGUGCAGUGUGAGAUUGCCACUUGUGUACCUUAAAGUUAGACUGGCUAUCACUGUGUCAGUGGUUUGUGAUGGUUUGCUGGUGGAAAAUUGUUGAUGUUGCCAGCAUAGAUAGAAAUUUGAGAAGGUACAAGCAGCAUGCCAAUUUGUUUUUCUUUCUGAGGAUGCUCUAAUCCAAGUCCAAUGGGGGAUGAUGGUUACAGUAUGCCAUUUGAGCUAUUGCUCAUUGUCACAAAUAUGUCAGUUUCUCAGUGCUGGUUAACUCACAAUUAUAAAAUGCAUAGAUAAAUUGUUUGCUUGGAAACUAUUGGCAUGCAAAACUAAGCGCAUGCCAAAACCAGGGAAAAUGCCUAACAUUUUAUAGCAGUUUGAUAAUUGUCAUCAUCAUUAUUGGCCUGUCAUUGUGCAUAGAGCUCCCUGCAUUGCAAGCAUCUGGGAAAAAAAAUAGAUGUAGGCAUCACUAUAUAUAUAUAUUUUGGUUAUUGUCAUCAGCUGGUAUUGCGAUAAAUUUUUCUAAUAUUGUUGUUAUUAAUAUACCUGCUGUUAUUGUGCAUGCUGCACAUACACAUGGUGAGCCAGGUUGUCUUUUUAGGCUCAGCUAUCUAUGACAGCUGAGGUUACAGUACUAUUUUCCUGCUACAUUUUGUGUUAAAUACAUGCAGGCAUUCAUGGAAUUGGAGUAUAUUAAAUGUUCUUUAGGAAUUCAAAAAAAUAAGUGAAGCUUGAACCUUUUCCUUUGGGUAAAAUUGGAAUUUGGGACCAUCUCCAUUUCACUCAGGUCUUAGCUCUCUAAGCUGUUGCCUCGCCUUAUUAAAGAAGAGAUAUUUUUGAGCACAAAUGAACACUCAAUCUUGUAGGGCCCAGGGCUCCUGAUUUCUCUCAUGCUAGGCUUGGACUGGCAAUAUCAGGCCAGAGGUUGAUCUGUGCAGGGCUUAAUUAGCUCCAUAUAUGAUUACUGCUUCUUUAUCAGUUUGUAGUGUUGACUGGAUGAUGAGCUGCAUGGGGAAAUAUCUUCCCUGUAAGUCAAAACUUUGAAAUUUUGAUUUGUUUUUCUUUUGUAAAGAGAAUUAAGAAACAACACCUUUCACGGUUCAAUUCCAUAAAGCUGCUCUUAUUCUUAAAUGAAGAUUGUAGGAUGAGGGGCCAGGUUAACAAAACAAUGUUAUAAUAUUACAUUUUACUAUGUUUGCCCCCCAGCAUCAGGCCUUGACCCUUCAGAUAUUCUAUCCCAAAUAUCCUCAGCUUCCUUCUAAUUCUCUAGCUUUGAAGUUUUCAAGAUUGAAACAUGCUUCAUUUUUUUCUCACCAUUAUCAGUUUUGAUAAUCCCUCAUAUCAGUUUGAGGUUUUUAAUCACUCAAAAGUAUGGUUCAAAAUUUUUCAGAACCCUUCCAUAUAGCAUGAUAUUCAUAUAUAUAUAUAUAUAUAUAUGGAGUUAUCCAGUUUAUAAGAUAUGUAUUCAAUUAUGCCUCAUCUUUUUGUUAUUGUGGAUGUGAAUGAUGCUUAUAGCUGGCUAGAGGAUUUGGGAUGGUGAUAUUCUAUAUCUGGGUUACGUGCAUGGUUCAUGAGCAUUAGUUCAUGUGUUUUGACAAGCCUUUCCAGAUCAAGUUGUUGAGCAGAAGAUGCAGAAUGUGCUGCUAGUUUCUAUUUGUUUUAUUAUUUGAAUUGUGUAUGUUUCUGGAGUUAAAAAGCCCCUGCAUCAGAAUGGGCCUGGGGGUUGAUGUGUUUAUAAAUGAGUGUAAGAUGUUUGUUAUAGUUUUGGUACUCUAUCAGCCAUCCUGCAGAGUUUCUUGCAAAA